AUGGUGCAGGCCUGGUACAUGGACGAGACCGCCGACGACCCGCGGCUGCCCCACCGCCUCCAGCCCAGCCGCACGGUGGGCCUGGAGCAGCUGCGCCAGCUCGGGGUGCUCUACUGGAAGCUGGAUGCCGACAAAUAUGAGAACGAUCCCCACCUGGAAGAGAUCCGGAGAGAGAGAAACUACUCCUGGAUGGACAUCAUCACCAUUUCCAAAGAUAAGCUGCCCAACUACGAGGAGAAGCUUAAGAUGUUCUACGAGGAGCACCUGCACCUGGACGAGGAGAUCCGCUACAUCCUGGAGGGCAGCGGGUACUUUGACGUCAGAGACAGGGAGGACAAGUGGAUCCGGAUCGCCAUGGAGAAGGGGGACCUGAUCACGCUCCCUGCGGGCAUUUACCACCGCUUCACGCUGGACGAGAAGAACUAUGUGAAGGCCAUGCGGCUGUUCGUGGGAGAGCCUGUGUGGACGGCGUACAACCGGCCGGCUGACCAUUUUGACGCCCGGGAGCAGUACGUGAAGUUUCUGGCGCAGUCGGCCUAG